GCGGGCGCUGGACGAUCUUGGCCGCGUCUCUCAGGCGUUUCCCCAGUUGCGGAGUCUUUCUUAAGCAAGGUUGCAGCACUCGCCACCAGAAUCUCCUUCUGAGAGCAGAUAAAGCGGCAACUAGCGGCGCAGGGCCUCUCCUUCGCCUUGCGGGCCUUAACUCGUUUUCGCUGGCCGAGGUCCCGGGAAGUGGCACCACCGCGCCACAGUCUGGCACGUUGUUACGUCACGCACGCGCCAGCAAUGAUUGGCCAGAGCCUAUGGUGCGGGCAAGCGCUGACACGGACGAUUGGACGCGCUGUCUGGAGGCGGGGCCAGAGGGAGGGACGCGUUGCGCGUUUUGCCCAAAUAGAGCCCGCGCCUUAUACUGGCAGUGUCUGCGGCUUAAGUGUUCUAGGGCACUUAAGACAUUUUGUAACGAUGCCUGAAGUAAAUAUCAACCAUCUCGAUAAGCAACAGGUUCAACUCCUGGCAGAGAUGUGUAUUCUUAUUGAUGAAAAUGACAAUAAAAUUGGAGCUGACACCAAGAAGAAUUGUCACCUAAAUGAAAACAUCGAGAAAGGAUUAUUGCAUCGAGCGUUUAGUGUCUUCUUGUUUAACACUGAGAAUAAGCUGCUGCUACAGCAGAGAUCAGAUGCUAAAAUUACCUUUCCAGGUUGUUUUACCAACACUUGUUGUAGUCAUCCAUUGAAUAAUCCAGGUGAGCUUGAAGAAAAUGAGGCCAUUGGUGUGAGAAGAGCAGCACAGAGGCGUUUAAAAGCUGAAUUAGGAAUUCCCUUAGAAGAGGUUUCACCAGCAGAAAUUGAUUAUAUAACACGAAUUCACUACAAGGCACAGUCUGACAGUAUCUGGGGUGAAAAUGAAAUCGAUUACAUUUUGUUUGUGAGGAAGAAUGUAACUUUGAAUCCAGAUCCCAACGAGAUUAAAAGCUAUUGUUAUGUGUCAAAGGAAGAACUAAGAGAACUUAUGAGAAAAGCAGCCAGAGGCGAUGUUAAGCUAACUCCAUGGUUUAAAAUUAUUGUAGAGACUUUUCUCUUUAAAUGGUGGGAUAACUUAAAUCAUUUGAGUCAGUUUAUUGACCAUGAGAAAAUACAUAGAAUGUGAAUGCAUAAAUAAAUAAUAAUGUCCUUAUCUAAUGAAUUAGAAUUUUUUUGUUGAGCGCCCUCUUAGGAAAGCUUUGUCAUCAUACAUGGAUACUUUACAGCCAUAAUUUGCGUGGAAAAAUAACUGGCUUAUAAUUUUAUAUUAUAUAUCCCACAUAUGUGCACUAUUUGUUUAUAAGAGGUUGUAAGUGAAAAAGCAAAUAAAACUUAAAACAGCCCUAAUAUAUUAAACUAGCAGAGGAGCUUUAAGGGACAUUAAGUGAUUUAAGAGUCAUCUCUCAGUAAUCAUGCAGGAUUGGUUUAGGACUGCUUUCAUACUAAAAUUUGCAGAUACUAAAGUUCCUUAUAUGUAGUAAAAUGGUGUAAUAUUUGCAUAUAACCUAUGUACAUCUUUCCCUAUACUUUAAAUCGUCUUACUAAUAAUAACUAAUACUAUGUACAUGCUAUGGAACUCUUAUACUGUAUUCUUUAAAAAAAUCAUGACAAGCCUGUACAUAUUCGGUGCAGAUGGCUUUGCUUUUUUCAAAUUAUUUUCAAUCCACAGUUGGUUGGAUCCUUGUACCCACAGAUAAGCCAACUGUAAUUCUAAUUUCUAUCAUUCUAAGUUGAUUUUGUGGUUUAAUCAUUCUGGAAGUUAUUAUUUUGAUACUUAAAGUCAACUCUUUUGGUAAUGAUGUUGAUUAGAUUGAAUCUUUUAAAUAGAAUUUUCCAGUUAGCAAAAUCUGUUUUCAUGAUUACACUGGACAGAGAGAAUAGUCAUAAAAUAGGAAUUAGGUCCCACUUUAUAAAAGUCAGCUGUUAGGAGUAUCAGCAUUUGAUGUAUAUCAUUCUUUGUUGUGGGUGCAUUUAGGAUGAGUAGCAGCAUCUCUAGACUCUACACUAAAUGCAUUUAGCACCCUUCUGCCAUGACAACUAGAAUUACAUCGGAUAGCAAAUAAACAGCACAUGUUCCCUAAGGACAUAGUCACCAAUAGUUGAGAACUACUGGAAACUCAGGACUUACAUUGGGAGGUAAUAAUGAAGGACUCAUGUUCAUGUUGAAUAAAUUUUGGUUGUGAUACAUGUAUAAAUUUAAAAUUGUACCCUAAUGCACUUUUUAAAACUUGCCAUAGAUUUCUCAGAUUUGAAAUCUUAAAAGUUUUAUUACUUUUAAAUGCUGUAGAAUAAUAAUGAAAAAACAUUUCUUACAAAGCUAAAUGGUUUAUAAAUUCACUUCUUGUUAACUCUAGACAGUUAAUUUAUAAUUUCAGAGAAGACUGUGUAGCAAGUAUUUUAAUAUUUAUUGUAAAAUAAAAACAUUAGAUUUUAAUGCUGUUAGCUCGUUUCUUAAAAUUUUAAUACAAAAAUAGGUUAAUUUGCUUCUGGUAUCAAACAUGAAGUCAUAUAACUUCAAAUGCAUUUUUAAUAGUUCUAGCUCUUCAGUUUUACAUUCUGGGAAGUUUUUUGUUUUGUUUUGUUUUGUUUUGUUUUUUGGUAUUGGGAAUUGAACUCAGGGCCUUGCACUUGUCAGGCAGGCACUGUGCCACUGAACUACAUCCCCAGCCCUCUAGGAAGUUUUGAUGACCACACAUAAUUAAAUACUGAAUAGCUUCACAUAGCUCGUAGCUGCUAAAUUGGGACAGUGGAACCUUAGACGGCUACCUAGCAUUUUGAAAGUACUAGCAAGUGUUGGAUAUUACUGUUACUAAUAUUACUAGAAUGUAAAACCUGUGACUGUAAAUGUUUUAUGACCUGAUAAACUCCUUAGAGCCCCUUCCCUUUCUAAUAAAGGAUGUCUCUCUCCUGAA